AUGAAACCAUAUGACGGUACCACCAACCCGGAUGAUCACAUAGCCUCGUACAAGCAGCGGAUGUUCACAGUCUCCAUACCUCGACCGCUUAGAGAGGCUUGCAUAUGCAAAAGUUUCGGUUCUAGUUUGUCUGGCCCGGUGCUCCAAUGGUACACGAACCUCUCGAACGGAUCCAUCGAGUCAUUUGCUCAGCUUACCGACACCUUUGUGGAACAGUUCGCCAGCAGCAAGAAGCUAGAGAAGUUGUUAGUCGACUUGUACCGAAUAUACCAGAGAAGGGGAGAGCCAUUAAGAGAAUAUGUUAGCAGAUUCAACAAAGAAAAGAUCUCUAUUCCCUCAUGUAACCCUGAGACUGCUGUGGACGCUUUCAGAAAAGCCCUCCUCCCAGACGGAGAACUAUAUAAAGAACUUACAAAGCUGGGCUGCACCACAAUGGAAGACGCUCUGGCCCGAGCCGUUAUCCAGAUAAGAUGGGAGGAAGAUGAGAUGAACCGAGCUGCCCAUUCCAGAUAUGAACCAAGGCGGAGCGACAGGAAGCCAGAGCCUAGACCGGUAGAGCACCGCUACCAACCUCCAGCACGCAUUAUGGGCAGAACCAGAAAAUCUUAUGAUCGCCAACCCGUGAGAAAUGAUAACAGGCAUUUCGGAUCGAACCAGCACAAAAUACCAGAGUACAACCUCAUCGUCGAACCAACCCAGGUCAUAGCGAUAAUGAAAGGAAUGGGGUUCGCCGUCAAGUGGCCUGGUAAGCUCAAUCCCGAGGCAAGGAGAGACACAACCAACUGGUGCGAGUUCCAUAACGAUCACGGGCACAACACCGCAGACUGUAUUGCCUUGCGGCUCGAGGUUGCCACACUUCUGAAGAGGGGACAUCUCUGUGAUCUACUUACUGACAAGGGGAAAAACAUCAUUAGCCAGAAGGGCUCCAAAGAGCCGUCGCCCCCUUCGCGAGAACCCACACCGAAGGGUUUCUGCUUGCUCAUCUCCGGAGAAUCAGUGGGGUAA